AUGGGCCUGAGCGACGACCAGGAUCGCAUUGUGAUAAACGUGGGAGGGAUCAGACAUCAGACAUACCGCAGCACCCUGUGUACUAUACCCGGCACUCGCCUCUCCUGGUUGGCCGAGCCCGAUGCGCCCAACCACUUUGACUAUGAUGCCAAGAGCGAGGAGUUCUUCUUCGACCGCCACCCUGGGGUGUUUGCACAUAUCCUCAACUACUACCGAACCGGUAAACUGCACUGCCCGGCUGAUGUCUGCGGGCCUCUCUACGAGGAGGAACUGGGCUUCUGGGGCAUUGAUGAGACAGACGUGGAGCCAUGCUGCUGGAUGACCUAUCGCCAGCACCGGGAGGCAGAGGAGGCCCUUGAUAGUUUCAGUGGGGGGGGCUUGUUAGACCUGGGGAACGACGAUGGGGAGGCUGAGCAGGAGCAUGCUGCCGAGGAUGAUGUGGAUGAAAUGACAAGGAGGCUGGCACAGGGAGACACUCACAAUGUCAGGAGUGGAAACUUGUGGAGCCGGUGGCAGAAGCAUGUGUGGGCUCUGUUUGACGACCCUUACUCAUCUAAAUAUGCAAGGUGGGUGGCUCUGGCCUCGCUGUUCUUUAUUCUGGUGUCCAUCACCACUUUCUGUCUGGAGACCCACGAGGCCUUCAACCCCAUUGUCAACCGCACCGAGGUGAAGGUUGUGGACAACGUCACAGUGACGCACAACUACCAGGAGACCGAGACUGCGAUCUACCUCACCUACAUUGAAGGCGUUUGUGUGGUGUGGUUCACUUUUGAAUUUCUAAUGCGAAUAACUUUCUGCCCGAAUAAAUGUGACUUCAUUCGGAACGCCCUGAACAUCAUCGACUUCGUGGCCAUACUGCCCUUCUACCUGGAGGUCGGCCUCAGCGGACUCUCCUCCAAGGCGGCAAAAGACGUGCUGGGUUUCCUGCGAGUCGUCCGCUUCGUGCGGAUCCUGCGUAUCUUCAAGCUGACCCGUCACUUUAUGGGCCUGAGGGUGCUGGGCCACACGUUGAGGGCCAGCACCAACGAGUUCCUGCUCCUCAUCAUCUUUCUGGCCCUCGGCGUCCUCAUCUUUGCCACCAUGAUCUACUACGCCGAAAGGAUCGGAGCUAACCCCAACGACCCUCGAGCCAGUGAGCACACACAUUUCAAGAACAUCCCGAUUGGAUUCUGGUGGGCUGUGGUAACCAUGACGACCCUCGGCUACGGAGACAUGUACCCUAAGACGACCUCCGGUAUGCUGGUCGGAGCCCUGUGCGCCCUGGCGGGUGUGCUGACCAUCGCCAUGCCCGUCCCUGUGAUUGUCAACAACUUUGGAAUGUAUUACUCUCUGGCUAUGGCAAAACAGAAACUACCAAAGAAGAAGAAUAGGCACAUCCCGCGGGCACCGCAACCUGGUUCUCCAAACUUCUGUAAGUCAAGCAUCUGCUCCCAACAACCGAGCCCCAUUCCACACGACGACAUUUUCGAGAUAAAGUUUCAAGAUUCCAAGUUGAACGGUGAGGCAGCGGACGCAGCGCUGGCCAACGAAGAUUGCCCUCAUAUAGACCAGGCCACAUCUCCGGAGGAAAUCUUCAGCCCAAGCGAGGGAGAGCGGCCCUGCUUCCUGGUCACCACUUCUGAACGCCCCAACCACACAGGGGCCAGAGUGAGGAGGGAGACCCAGCGACAGCAGCGGAGCAGACAACCAACAGAGUCAGUUUGUGUUAUGAACCAUGGUGUCCCGACCACUAUGACCCAUAAAGGCCCAUCACCCACCUGAUAGUGCAGGAGCAUUGUUGUGUGUAUUACUUAGUCGUUUUGAAUGGGUGUGGCAGUGACAACCUGUACAUCACAAACUCAGCAUAGAUGUAGCACUGAGGAAGUUUUGUUGUCAAGCCUUAUGUUUCUCAGUAUCUGUCAAUAGUUACUGUGUUGUAAUUUAUGUGCCUAUUUUUGGUUUGUGCCAGUGCUGUAAAUAUGCUUUUUUUGUGUGCCAAAGUUGCGUGUACCAAUGUUUUUGAGUGAUCAUCAAAUAUAUGUGUGCUGCUUCUGUUGAAAGAAAAAAAAAUGUUGCUCCGAUUUUAAUCACCCAGCAAAAGAAAACUGUCACUUGUCAUGUCAGCCAGACGAAACAGUUGAAGCAAUCGUGAACUUUGCACUGUCAUCGUCACAUUUUUGUAGACUCUUGCACUGUUUUGCACGAGUGAGCCUUUAAUAUUCCUUUGAUAUGUUUUUAGGCAUCAAAUAGAUAACAUCCACACAAAAAAAGAAUGAAAAAAAGGUUAUGCUUACCACUCUUACCUUGCAUUAAUGAGGCAUUAAAAUGUAAAAGUGUGCCGUUAAUAAUUGGUAAAUAAUUGUUUGGUCAAUCAUAUCUUAUAUAGGGCUAUUCAGAAAGGAAUAGUAGAUGUAUCAACAUUCAUGGAACGUUGAUAUAUACUCACAGCUACAUUUUGAUUGACAGCUUAGAUCUAAAAUACAUUCCUUCAUAUCACAGCUCAGACAUUCAUAAUUAUCAUGUAGUAUAUUUUAAUUGUCAGUCAUGUAGAAUUGGGUUGUUUUUCUGCACACGCAAAUUGGCAUAAAGCCGUAGUAUGCAAUACUAACUAAUGCCAAAACAUGACACACAUACUGGACAAGUGCCUCUGCAAAUUAUUCUAACCAUUCAGGAGUUUAGCUUCACCAGCAUGACGAAUUGCAUUUCAUUUGACAUUAGUAAUCACCAGCCAUUGACAGCAUCAGUUCAGUAUUUAAAAAGCACAGACACAAUAAGGACCCCAUAAGGAUCAGCUUCUAACAGAGAGCAUUGAGCAGACCUAAAAAAAACAUAGAGGAGAGCACAUUGUGUACAUCGUACAGCUUCAUUGUUUGUGUAGAAAAGUUAGUGAGUAGGGACCAACUUUUUACCAAACACCUGCAAACACACUGCCAACAACCAAAAAUCUGUGUGAAGUCAGGUACAAUCUGCCAUUAGAGCUGAGCACAAAUGGGGGACGGCGUGAUGGACAUUGUCAGACGGAGUAAAUAACAAUAAUAGCCUCUGUUAAAUGAAUAACACAACUAAGAGGCAACCAAUGUGCCGUUGGGCGAGACUUGAGUGUGCGUUUUGAACACCGUGCAUUUUGUGGUUAGUUAUCUCAAUAAGGUGUUCAGUUUUGAUUGC